AUGCCUCGACCAAACGACCAAUCUCUCGGUGCUGCCGGUGCUGUCGAUCCUGAACUCCAGAACUACAAUGACCAGCCCGUCGGCGGUGCUCCCGUCACUGGUCAAAAGCGCGCUCGGUCCGCCGACGACGACGAGGACGACGAUGAGAAGCCCGGACGCGAGCGGAGAAAGAUUGAGAUCAAGUUCAUCGAGGACAAGGGACGACGACACAUCACCUUUUCUAAGCGCAAGGCCGGCAUCAUGAAGAAGGCUUACGAGUUGUCCGUGCUGACUGGUACUCAAGUCCUUCUUCUCGUUGUUUCCGAGACUGGUCUCGUUUACACGUUUACUACACCUAAACUCCAACCUAUCGUCACUAAGCCCGAAGGCAAAAACCUCAUUCAGGCGUGUCUGAACGCACCCGAAACCGCCAUCCCUCUCGCGAAUGCUCCUCCCACCCCCAACGACGAGCCUCCUACCCCUCCGACUGCGCGCAACACUUCAUUCAGUGUGCCCAGCCCUGCGGUCCCUCAACACGACCCUCAAAGCCUCGCCGCUGCCCAUAUGGCCGGUGGCUUGAUGCCUCAGGCAGGUUACGCCGCCGCUGGUAUCUCACCGGAGCAAGCUGCCGCUUAUCAGCAGUACCUGCAAAACCAGGCUGCCAACGCAGCGGGAUCUUUGGCGCGCAUGGGUCACCCCGUUCAGCACCCUGGUGCUCCUCCGCACCUUGACUACAAGGACAUGAAGCAAUAA